UUUACAGUUGCUCUCGUUUGCGCUAGUAAAAAAGUUUGACGUUGCCAAGUGCGUAAAAACUUCAGUCUGCUUCCCAGUGUGAAGGUUGCAGAAGCGCAAGCCGCAGCAGAAUCGCCGAUUUACGCGAAAUAAACCAUUUCUUAAGUAAUAAUCGUGAAUAUUCGCUGUUCCUGAAUUGUGGUGCGUGUAUUUAUUGAGUAGAAAAUGCCAAAAUUUACAGUGAAGGUGAAAUGGGGCAAGGAACUGUAUCCGGACGUGCUGGUGGACACGGAUGAGGAGCCUCUGGUGUUUAAGGCGCAACUGUUCGCCCUGACGGGCGUCGCUCCGGACAGGCAGAAGGUGAUGUGCAAGGGCGCCACGCUGAAGGACGAGUGGAGUGUGAAGCUGACGAAUGGAAUGACUGUGCUGAUGAUGGGCUCCAAGGAGGAGGUGCCGUCGGAGCCUGUGGAGAAGACAAAGUUCAUCGAGGACAUGAACGAGUCGGAAUUGGCGGUGGCGAUGAAACUCCCCGCCGGACUGACCAAUUUGGGGAACACGUGCUAUGUGAACGCCACUGUGCAGUGCCUCAAGGGCGUCCCGGAACUCACUGAGGCUCUGAAGGCGUUCAAGGAGGAAAUGGCGUCCGGACUGGACUCCGCCAAGUCCAUCACUUGCGCCAUGAGGAGCGUCUUCAAUCAAAUGGACACGAACAACACCGUGACGCCAAUCAUUCUCCUGCAAACCCUUCAUCUGGCCUUUCCGCAGUUCGCGCAGACGGGAGAGAAUGGCGUUUACCGGCAGCAGGACGCCAACGAGUGCUGGAUUGAGUUGCUGAAGAUGCUGCAGCAGAAGCUGCCGCCACUGAAGGCUGACAGCGAGAAGGCCUGCAAAUUCCAGUCAUUCGUCGAGCAGUACAUGGGCGGAAGUUUCGAGAUUGAGAUGAAGUGCGACGAGGCGCCGGAGGAGCCAUCGAAUGUGUCCAAUGAGAAUUUCCUACAGCUCACGUGCUUCAUCUCAACGGAGGUGAAGUACAUGCACAGCGGAUUGCGUCUGCGGAUGCAAGAGCAGCUGACGAAGAAGUCCCCGAGUCUGGGGCGCGAUGCGCUGUACCAGAAGACGGCGCUGAUCAAUCGCCUGCCGGCCUAUCUCACUGUGAACUUCAUGCGAUUCCAGUACAAGGGCAAUCAGGGCAUCAAUGCGAAGGUGCUGAAGGACAUCAAGUUCCCCAUUGACUUCGAUGCCUUCGACUUGUGCUCAGCGGCGCUGAAGGAGAAGCUGAAUCCCAUGAGAAGUCGCUUCAAGGAGGUCGAGGAUGCCGCCCUGGAGGGACAGCUGAAGAAGGACAAGCCAGCGGCGGUGGCGGAGGAGGAGGAUGCGAACACCACGGAGGUGCCGUUCAGCUUCGAGGAAGACGUGGGCAGCAAUAACAGCGGAUACUACACGCUCAAGGCGGUGCUGACGCACCAGGGGCGCUCCAGCUCGUCUGGUCACUAUGUGGCGUGGGUGAGACAGAGCCGGGACACGUGGAUGAAGUUUGACGAUGAUGUUGUCACGCCGAUCACCACGGAGGACGUGCUGCGCCUGUCCGGCGGCGGAGACUGGCACUGCGCCUACGUUCUCAUCUAUGGGCCGCGCAUCCUGCGGAUCCCGAAGGAGUCAAAGGCCGCGGAAGGCUUGGCAGCGGCGGAGCCCAUGGUCACGGAGGAGACAUAAGCAAGACACUCUGAACACUCGGCGCAAUGCUUUUCCAUA